CUUGUUACUCCUUACACACAACACACUACCAUCGCACACCGCACAGCCCUACUCACAGAGCCAACCCCAUAGACACUCUUUCGGCUUCAAAAUUCACUGUCAUUCUCGCCGUAAAAAAGACAUCGAUCUUUCUCUCUAUCAACGAAUUCGCAAUGGCAGUUGUUCUCGGUAAACGCUCGAGAUCGUUUGAGCUUGCUGUCCAACCACCUCCACGCUCUACACGAUCAACUCGCUCAAAGCGUCGGAUCUCGAUUAUAGACGAGGAAGACGAGGAAGACGAGGAAGUCACCGGAGAUAAAAUCUUCGUCCGUGCAGAUCCCCUACCAGUGCCGUCUGUCGUGAUCGAGCCUCGCACACCUAAGCGCACCCGACGGACUGCUCCGCCUCCGAAGUCGUCAACCCGAACCCCUCUCUCUCCAACAAAAGCCAACGUCGUAUUCAAAUCGGCAAUAGCCGCAGAUGCCACAAAAUCGUCACCUCCAAAGACACCGCGACACCGCGAUGCGAUCGCUAAAAAGCCCACUACUCCUCGCCACCGUGUCUGUGUCGUUAGCAGGCCUAUGACCCCCCGUUCAAAGUUGCUUGCAACACCUACACAUGCAUCUACUCCCAGCACUGUAAUAACGACGGCGAAGUCGCUGUUCUCCCGCAGCACCUCAGGCGGCAAACUGAUCGGACGCGACACGGAGAGAUCCACGCUGCAGUCGUUCUUCGAGCCUCGAAUCGCUCUAAAGAGUGGUGGAUGCAUUUACAUCAGUGGUCCUCCCGGCUGCGGAAAGUCGGCGCUUCUUACCGAGAUCAUGGGCGAGCUUGCCGGCGACGAGAAGGUGUCCAUCAAGAAAGCGUGGAUAAAUUGCAUGUCGCUACAUACACCCGGCUCAAUUUAUGCUUCACUCCUGGAUUCGUUUUCGGCAGCGUCGGCGACAGCAGAGUUCUCGGACUUGGAGUCCCUCUUCAUCACUACAAAGAAGUCACAGGUCUACGUUCUUGUGCUCGAUGAGAUCGACCACCUUCUAUCUCAUGACCUGCUCCCAACGUUAUUCGAGCUCUCUCUUCGCAAGAAUUCUCGCCUGAUACUGGUAGGCAUCGCGAACGCAUUGGACUUGGCCGACCGAUUUCUCCCCCGCCUCAAAGCAAAGAACCUAGAGCCAGAACUCCUACCGUUUUUGCCUUACACAGCUCCACAAAUCUCGCAGGUCCUUACGGCUCGCCUCCGGUCACUUCUUUCCCCAGCCGAAAAAGAUCAGGACCCGAACCUCGUGCCCUUCGUUCACCCAGCCGCUAUUCAACUGCUAUCCAAGAAGGUUGCCGGUGCAUCCGGUGACUUGCGGAAGGCAUUUGAUAUCCUUCGAAGAGCAUUAGAGUUGGUGGAAAUGGAGAGUCUACAGGCGCUUCGCUCAAAGCUGCAGGACUCCGAGAAGCCGCUGGCAAUGCUCACCACACCCCGCCCAGCACUCGGCGAAGCCAGCCUUAAUUCCGCCACACCCCGUGCCGCCACGAUUGUAACGAACUGGACGGUAGUGACAGCACCGCGCGCAAUGCUUGCACAUGUGGCGAAAGCGUCAUCGGCUACCCUCGGCUCCUCGAUUUCUGCCCGUGUGGCGAAACUCAAUGCUCACCAGAAAGCGGUGCUCUGCGUUUUGGUAGCCAGAAGCGGAACUACGCCUUGGUCGCUGGUGAAGCUGAAGGAUGCGUACACGAAGGUGUGCAAAGACGGCUUGGGUCUCAUGCCGCUUGUCGGUGCGGAGUUUCGCGGGGUGGUGGAUGCUAUGGAGGCUGUCGGUGUGCUGGAUAUAUUGCCGGCGGGAGGAAAGGGGAAGGCGGAGAAGGAGGAGCGCGCGGUGGCUAGAGUUGGCAGGAUGGAGCUGUUGACAGCGGUCAGUUCCGAGGGGACAAAGGGACGGGAGGGGCUGGUGAAGGUGCUCGGAAGUUAGAUGCAGGGCGAUAUGAGUAUCACGAGGAUGGAGAUCUGGAACGAGGAAAAGCGUAUGGUAUGGUUGCGUGUUUUGUUUUAGACUGGGGUUUGUUUAUUGUUUCCUUUUUGUACUAUGAAGGGCGUGCGAGCAUCGCGGAUUCUGGUUUCCUUCUUUCCUUCUUUUUCUUCUUCACAUUCAUUUUAUACCUCUUGAAGAUCGAGUAGCGGUGUGUUUAACGAGCGGACUACGGAGAAACAAUUCCAUUGAAAACCAUCAGUUCGGUGUCGGGAC